UGUAAGUUAUUAUUUUUUUUAUUUGGAUAUUUUAAUGGACAAGUUGUUUUACUUCUAGAGUUUCCAAAGUUGAUAAUGACCCUUACUGGUCUAUCUUUUCAGGAAAUCCAUAUUCACAGGCAACAGCAUCAUUUGUCUUCCUUCACACAAACAGCAUUUUGUUCAAAUGAUGUUCAGUUUCACUUGAAAAUGGAGAAAUUUUUUAAAAACUGGCUUUACAUUUGCAAUUAUGCCCAUAGGCAACAGGAAACCAAUGUUUCAAAAGAAAACUUGAUCCCACAGCUAGAUAAUGCUAGUUUCCUCAAUAAUGCAGAGUGCCUGAAGGCUUUAUGUUGUUGCCAGAUAUACAUUUUUUUGAUUGGUAAGAAUUGCCAGGUGACGUUUCAUGAAAUAUAAAAACAAGGAAGACAGAGAGAGGCCAAUAAAAAGAACAACCUGUCAGUCGGGAAAGAAAAGGAAAAGAGAUUAUUAAUCAACAGCAAGAGAUGGCACUUGGAAUUCCAUUGUACAUUCUGCUAAAUGCCAUGGUAUCAUUGAGUAAAGAGGCAGCUGUUACUGUAACUACACCCAUUACAAGCCAACAAAGUAACUGGACAGUUAACAAAACAGAAGCUGAAUACACAGAGGGGCCCAUAGCUUUGAAGUUCUCUCACCCUUGUCUUGCAGACCAUCAUAGCUACUGUAUCAAUGGUGUCUGUGCAUUCCAUCAUGAGCUCAGGAAAGCCAUAUGCAGAUGCACUACAGGUUAUACUGGAGAAAGAUGUGAGCACUUAACAUUAACUUCAUAUGCUGUGGAUUCUUAUGAAAAAUAUAUUGCAGUUGGAAUCGGUGUUGGAUUGCUAUUAAGUCUCUUCCUUGCUAUUAUCUACUGUUAUGUAAGAAAGAGGUAUGGAUCAAGAAGGAAUAUGGCAUGGACAGCAUUGCAUUGAAAUUCAGACCACAAAUCUGGCAGGACCAUUCAUGACAGCAGUUCUGAUGCAUGAAAUUGAAACAUCCUUAUAAAGUCUGCAAGAGAGAGAAGAGGCCUCUGUGAGAAGUGAACAAAAUAUCAUUGAUAAAAGCAGAUGUGGACCAGAACUGAACUGAAAUCUUCCAAGGGGAUCCAGAAGAAUGGCAAGAUCUGGGUGAAUAAAAAAAAAGAGAAGAGGAAGAUAUCAAACCCUUGAUAUUCUAACCUAUACUCUGAAUUCCCAUGGAAUGAAUGAAUAGAACCACUUCAUUUUGACAAGACUUGACAGUGCUAAUGAAGUCUAUCAUGGAAGUUUUGGAUGCAAGAAUCAUUGACCCUCUCUGAGUCUGGUUUUUUUUUUUUUUUUUGGUGUUAUUAUUCUUAAUAGAAGAACAUUUGGUGUUUUUAUUCUGAUAUGACAGGUAUGGAUUAUAGCAGUCAUUCCUGAAAUUUGCUAUAGAGGAGUUUCAUAUUUAAGCUAUGAGUUGGACUACAUGGCUUCUGGAAUGCCUUCUAGCUCUAAGAUUCUGUCCUCAAAAGUUCCAUGCCUUAUGGAUGAGAGAAGAGAGACAUUUUCACAGAAUUCAUCCACUAUGUGGAAGAUCCUGUGCUAGGCCACUAGUUGGAAAAAAACUAUUGACAUACAUGCUCCUGAUACCUGUUAUCUACUGGCAAGUAGGACUAGCCCCUUUCGGCUUCUUGUCUGUCCACAAUGUGGACUUACCCACUUUAAAUAAGAUAUUUCUAUGGCACCUGAAAUGAAUGUGAUGACUAUUAUUAAAUACAAAACCAGUGUUAUUGAGGCUUCAGUGGCCCAGGCAUGAAUUCAAAGAGUGAACUCUUAUUUCUAGAAAUCAAAGGUCUAUAGAAAUAUUAUUGACUUAGUUACUCUAUCACAACAGCACUUAUAAAAGGUGAGGUGAAUGAUCUUCAGAAGAAACAAGAAUCUCAAGCAAUCAAUGACUAUUGUCUUAAGGAAUCAGACAUGAGCAAAGCCUUUCUUCCUCUGAAUGGAUCAUAAAAUAUUGUACCUUUACCCCAUUGUUAUUCUUGAUUCAUAGUCUCUUUCUGCUAUCAUAUGUGUGAUUUAAUGAAUGGCUAUGUAGCAACAAUAAGAAAAUUGUACCAAGUGACCUGUGGUCCAGAGAUAGCCCUUAUGUUUAGAUUAACAGGUUGAACAAGGUUUUUCAAUGGCUCAUGAUAUAUGGAAUUUUUCUUCAUCAUUUCUUGACUACGUAGUUACAUGAAAGGUAUUGACGUUGGAAAAAGCAUAAUGAAAAGAGAAUUGAAUUGGGAGUCAAUAGUUCAGGAUUUUGGUUCAAAUUAACUCUAUUACUAAUUAACUGGAUGGCCCUAAGCAAAUAACUUUCUAUUUAUAGGCCAAAGUUUUCUCUGUAAAAUGUGUGAGAUGAACUAAAGGAUAUUGAAUACCACUAUUGCUGCUCCUGAUGCUGCUGCUACUAUUAGCAGCAAGGUAAUGCAAUGGAUAGUGCUGGACCUAGAAUCAAGAACUAAGUUUAAGUUCAGCCUCAGA